CCAUGCGGGAUGGCUAUCCAUAAGUUGCAGAGAUGCUGCGACCGCGGGGUGGAUACGGAACACUGUUCCAAAGCUGGCUCCCUGGAAGGAGGCGAAGAUGAAAGUGGUCGAGGAGGCAGAAACACCUCGCCGCAUCAUUCUUGUGGGACUCUUCCCGGAGCUGGACAGCUCAGCCAGUGAGGAUGCGCUCAGUCUGCUUCAGGCACUGAAUGACGGCCUGAGAAUUCCGGACUGGCGCAUUCUGAAUCGAGUACGCAGGUCAACAAUGGCGGAAAUCACCAUUGCAGUUGACCCGCAAUCAGCAGACACGCUAAAGCACCGCGGGAACGUGGUAAACUAUGGCUUUGGCGUAGUAAAACUUAGGGAGAAAGCCAAACCGUCGAUGCCCGUGGUAGAUAAAGAUGCCGCCGACACCGAUAACCCUAACUCGGAUGAGCAACCUUGCUACUCCAAAGACGUCGUCGUAGCUCCCAGGCAGCUACCCACUGACACGCAAGUGCAGCAGAAGUCAUCGGAGGUUGACACUGGUAUAGACCCAACAGAGCUACACGUAAUACAUAAAGCUCCAACGACGCCUCCGAAAACAGCAACAACAACAUGCCCGACCCUACAACAAGUGCUGGAAGAAGCCCAAAAGUACGUCGGACCCAUCGCAUCUCCAAAGCCUGCAAAACGGCUACCACUACGUGGCAGCUCCAAAGCGGUUAUUUCCAGCCGCAAAGGCAAGGGGAUGCAAGGACGGCUGAAGAAGCGGUCUUGCUGAAGGGCACCAGGGGGAAGAAGGUGGCUGCUCGCGGCCGAAAAGACCGCGAGUAAUGGCACCUCACCCCAAAAACUUCAAAAAACCGAGGCACAUUAAAUGCCUUCAAGUGAACCUUCACCACGCUAAAGCAGCAUCAGAUGUUUUGCAUAAGAGUUUCACAAACGAAGGCUUAGGUGUAGCCUUCAUCCAGGAACCCUGGAUAUUAAGAGGUGACGUCAAAGGCCUUAAUAUAAAGGACGUUCAUUACGGCAGAUCUCGUUGCGGUAUGGGCCAAAAUUCCGACUCCUAGGGGGGUGAAAGAGGCAGUACUUGCCUCCGCGUACUUCCCGGGUGAAGAGGAGAUAGCCCCGACACCUGAAGUAAAGGCGCUUACUGAUCACUACCUUGGAUCCUCUGCUGUGGCCCAUAGCACUGUCUGGGGGAGCACCGACACCAACAAAAGGGGUUAGUGCCUCCUUGAGUUUAUAAGUAGUUAUAAUAUAAGUAUUAUAAACCAUGGCAAUGAACCAACGUUUAGGAACGCUAUUAGAGGGGAAGUCUUAGAUCUUACUCUAAGUAGUCAGAACAUGGCAGCAUCUGUCACAAACUGGCGCGUCUCAGGGAAGGUAUCAAUGUCGGACCAUAUGCACAGAGAAUUCGACAUUGGCCACUUUCCGAAGCAUGAACUAGUUUUUAGAAAUCCCAGAAAAACGAACUGGGAACUCUUUCGAUUCAUCAUUGAAGAAGGUGGAAACAGCCAUGGUGGUCAAAUUACGACUGCGCACGAGCUUGAGACUGAAGUUGAACAGCUUCAUUCAGACAUUAGAAUAGCUUUUGAUAGUAGCUGCCCCCAAGGAAAGGUAAAAUCCAAACGUGAUGUGCCUUGGUGGAGCAAGAAGCUUGAGCAAAUGAGAUGCUAAGCCAGAAAACUAUUCAAUAGAGCAAAGAAUACGGGUGAUUGGAAUCCGUACAAAUAUGCGCUAACUUCUUAUAACACAGAAUUGCGGAAAUCCAAAAGAGCUAGCUGGCGAAACCACUGCGAGGAAAUAAAGAGCUUCCCAGAGGCAGUACGCCUCCAAAAAGCUCUAAAUAGGGAACACAAAAAUACGAUCGGCACUCUAAAGAAACCAGAUGGUAGAUAUACUCAGCAUCCGGGAGAGACUUGCAGACUUCUGCUAGACACUCACUUCCCGGGCUGCAAAGCGGGCUAUUAUCUACCGGAAUUGGGUGUCCCAGCACGCACUUCUGGUAGAGAGCAAAGCCUUGCCACUAAACUUACCACGGUAGAAAGAGUGCAAUGGGCGGUAUCUACCUUUAGCCCAUACAAAUCACCAGGACCAGAUGGGGUCUAUCCUUGUCAACUCCAACAAGGAAGUAACUACAUAGCCCCAGUCCUCUCCAGACUAUACAGAGCGUCACUCCUACUGUGUCACAUUCCCAGUAGAUGGACAGAGGCUAAGGUCGUAUUUUUACCGAAGGCAGGUAAACCGGAGCAAAUGCCUUCAUCCUACAGACCAAUUAACCUCAGCUCCUUUCUCCUAAAAGGCAUGGAGAAAAUCUUGGAUCAACACAUCAGAGAAGUCAACCUAGCGGAACGGCCACUGAAUAAGAACCAAUUUGCCUAUCAACCAGGCAAGUCCACUGAGACUGCCAUUCACAGCCUUACAUCGAAUUUCGAAAAGGCUCUGGAGUCUAAGAACAUAGCCCUUUGUGCCUUCAUUGACAUUUUAGGGGCUUUUGACAACACGUCAUACAGGGCAAUAAGAGAUGCCCUGACAUGCAAGGGAGUGAGCCCCAUCAUAAUAAAUUGGGUACUUUCUAUGCUAAAAACAAGGAAGAUCAGGAUGGAGCUGGGAGGUACGGAAGAAUAUAUUACAGCCACAAGAGGUUGCCCUCAAGGGGGUGUACUCUCUCCUCUUCUGUGGACUAUGGUUAUAGACGAACUCCUCUUCCUACUGAACGACCAUGGCUUUGAAACACAAGGCUAUGUAGACGAUCUGGUAAUUUGUGUAACAGGGCUGCAUGGCGAAACGAUCUCCAACCGCAUGCAACAAGCCCUGCGCAUUACGCAAAGAUGGUGUGACACCAAAGGAUUAUCCAUUAAUCCUACUAAAUCUAUUCUGGUUCCGUUUACCCGGAGGAAAAAGUUAUCCAUGACAGAAUUUACUCUGGGCGGCACUAGAAUAGGACUCUCAAAUGAAGCAAAAUACCUGGGGUUGUGGCUGGAUAAGACACUCACCUGGAAUUUACAUUUGGAUGCAACCGUAAACAAGGCAAUGAGAGCCUUUUUCGCAUGCACGCGACUUUACGGGAAGACAUGGGGACUCUCCCCCAAAAUGACUUACUGGUCAUUCAAUGCAGUUGUGAAGCCGAUAGUCACCUAUGCAUCCUUGGUAUGGUGGACAAAAGCGACCCAAAGAACUUCUAGCGCAAAACUUAGCAAACUGCACCGAAUGGUGUGCAUUGGUAUAACAGGAGCUAUGCGGACCUGUCCUGC